AUGAAGAGGUGUCUGAAGAAAGCAAUGACAGCAAUAGGUAUCGUGAAGGCGGUCACCAGCAGGUGCCUGUUCGCUGCCCAUGGGUUUGUGUGCAUCUGGAGAGUGGUGGUGAUGAAGGGAGACCCUCUCUACUGGUGUCUCACAGGCUCGCUCCCGCUGCUCAUUCUGGAAGGAGUUUUUACAUUGAAGAAAAAGAAGGGCAGAGAAUGGAAAUGGAUAUGUCCCAGUGUGCUUCUGUACCUGGCCACAACAGUUCCUGCUAUCUGGUUCCUGGAGUUAAACCUCCUGGACAGAAGGAUCCUGGCAGUCAGGACGGGGGGCAGGGCAUCCGUCAACGCCUCUAGGACGGAGAAAAUUACUGUGUGGAACAGCCAGAUAAGUAUCCCAGUCAUAUUCGCCCCUGACGACUGGUGCAAGAUACUGGAGCAGAUGAUGCUGCUUGUCCUCAUCAUUGGACGAUGGCUGCUGCCCAAGGGGGAGAUAACCCGUGAACAACUCUCCCAGCUCCUGCUGGUGUACAUCGGGAUGGCUGCAGAUAUCAUCGAGCUGUUUGAAGCCUUUAAGGAGAAGGAAGUCCGUUACAACAAGAUCCUUACCAUGAUCAUCCUGUCCAUGUGGACUGCCAGUCUCAUGCAGUUCACGUUUGUCCUAACUGCCACCAAGUCAAAACGAAUGCGCCCUGUCCUGUUUCACUCCGGGAGCUCAGCCUCCACAGUCUCCCUGGGAGGGAAGCCAUGCUGCCCCACCGAGGUGAUAUCUAUCAUGAUCAGUGUCGUGCUUCAGGACGGCCCGUUCCUGGUCGUGAGGAUGAUGUUGAUAUUCCGAUACAGUGUGUUGAGCUACACUAAUCUGUUCUUCACAUCCAAGAAUACUCUUGUCCUUGUUCUUCAGUUCUACCGCCUGUUGGUCUUAUUCUGUCAAAAAAAAGAAAAAUCCACACUGAUCAUAACUAAGGAUGGUUUGAAUUCCACUGAAACCACUGACGCGACGGCUAAAACGGGAUCGGUGAAAAUGACAGGGACUCCAAAGCUGUCCAGGAAGAUGAGUUUGGAUGUAACUCUUGAAAGGCCAGACGGUCUGGCUGAGAGAAGACGAUCUUCACUGAUGAGGCAAGACUCUGUCACAGAUUCCAGCCAGACGCAGGACACAGACGUGAUGGACCUAAUGACUGAAGAAAGCCAUGAUAACAAUGAUGGGGAGGUCGAGGAUGAAGAAGCUGACAUCUCUUUUGCUGCAGUUCUGAACGAAGAGCCUUCCACAGACAAAGGAAAGUCCAAGAAGAAGAAAAAGAAGAAAGAUGACAAGUUAGGAAAAGGAAAGAGUAAACUUACCCUGGACGACAAAGAUCAUUGGGCGGAUGUCAAGAAGAUGGCAACAGCACUAGCGUUCCUGAAUGAAACUGGGAAAUGUCGAACAGUGGUUGUGAAUACUGGCGGUAACGAACAUAGGCUGCUGAUCGUGGAUGAAGCGAGUGCCAAGGAAGUGGUUGGUCAGGGACAUUGA